UAGACGGCUAUUAUAUGGUAGGGAAACAAGUGUAAGCUAUAUGGCUGGGUGCGUGUAGGUAUUGCGAGUCCAAUGUACUAACAGCAUGUGCGGAGUAACGGCCCGGAGAGUUUAAUUGCAGGUUAGAGCUCCGUGGAUGUGAGAAGUCCCCGUGCAGAGUGCGAGUUGUGAGGAUGCAGUAAGAGUCUGCAGAUCCAUCAUGUCUUCCUUCAGCAAUCUAGAGGCCUCUGCAGGGCUGUCGGGUGAAGAGAACUUCUGCCUGUCCAGCAUGCCUGACAUUAAAGUGGAGCAUGUGAUGGACUCCGGCGCCGGAGAAGGAGCGGCACAGAGCGUUGCCAUGGGAAUGAAAUUCAUCCUUCCCAACAGAUUUGACAUGAAUGUUUGCUCUCGGUUCGUUAAAUCUCUCAAUGAAGAAGACAGCAAAAAUAUCCAAGAUCAAGUGAACUCUGACCUUGAAGUGGCUUCUGUCCUUUUCAAGGCUGAAUGCAAUAUCCACACCUCGCCGUCUCCUGGGAUUCAAGUCAGGCAUGUCUACACACCGUCCACAACCAAACAUUUCUCUCCAAUCAAGCAAUCAACCACCCUGACCAACAAGCACAGAGGCAACGAAGUAUCCACAACGCCCUUGAUGGUUAACUCGCUGUCUGUUCACCAGCUGGCAGCUCAGGGAGAAAUGGUCUACUUGGCCAGCCGUCUGGAACAAGAAAAUGUGAUUAACCUUACUGACGAAGAAGGUUUCACGCCACUCAUGUGGGCCGCUGCUCAUGGACAGAUAGCGGUGGUAGAAUUUCUGCUGCAAAAUGGUGCAGAUCCCCAGAUACUUGGAAAGGGUCGGGAAAGUGCCCUCUCCUUGGCAUGUAGCAAAGGUUAUACAGAUAUAGUGAAGAUGUUAGUGGAUUGCGGAGUGGAUGUCAAUGAAUAUGACUGGAAUGGAGGCACACCUCUUCUUUAUGCCGUUCAUGGAAACCAUGUGAAAUGCGUCAAAAUCCUCCUAGAAAAUGGUGCCGAUCCAACCGUCGAGACAGACUCCGGAUAUAACUCUAUGGACCUCUCAGUCGCCCUUGGCCACAGGAGUGUUCAGCAAGUAAUUGAAACCCACCUGCUGCAGCUUCUUCAAAGUAUCAAAGAAUAGUUAAGUUUUGUAAAUAAGAAAGAUGAGAUGUGGAUAGUUUCUAUCUUGCGGUGUUUUACACUAAAGAUAUUUGCAGUUUUUAUAAACUUUUAACACAGACCUAAAUUUGACUUCUUUCUCUAAAGUUGGUAUUUGGUAAGAUGUUAUAGAUCGCUUGACAUUGUAGCAGCCGAACCUGCUCAUAGAUCAGAGGAGACGUUUUUAGCAGAAUUAUUAAAAAAAAAAUAUAUGAAAUUUUAACCCUGUCCGAACCCCCUGAAAUAGUGUCUGAUAUUUGUAAACCAAUCAGACAUUUUUUAUUUGAAUGUUUUACUUUGAACUCUCGAACGUACAGGGGAUGCACUUUGUGUUGCACUGCUCAGAUAUUUCUAGAAGCAAAUUCUAGAGAUCUGGUACCCAAAUACAACUCGGUUCCUUAGUACUAGGUACUAGAGAUUUUUCAUUGAAACAGAACAGUCUUUUAAAUAAAUGUUUUCAAAUGUA